AUGGCAUCGAACCCGGGUGAUGUUAUCCAGAAGCCAGGUGGCCGCCUGCAAGCUGUCGAGGUGGAGUCUGGAGAAGACACGCAGAUCCUGGCUUGCAAGGUGGUGAGCUUCAGGGACAUGUCCACCCAUCAAAUCAACAGGCUCCUCCAAGAGGUGGCACUCCUGAAGAUGCUCAACCACCCAAACAUCGUACAGUAUUACGAUCACUUUGUAGACAAGAAUAAGGAGUUCUACAUUGUGAUGGAGUACUGUGAGCAUGGUGAUCUGUCUCACCUCAUCAAACAUGCCAUCAAGAAAGGGAAUUCUAUAGAAGAAGAAUUCAUUUUUCAGGUUUUGGAGCAACUUGCCUCAGCGCUGAAGCACUGCCACAGUCGUCCUGAUGGGAGUGUUGUGCUGCACCAGGACCUGAAGCCAGCAAAUGUUUUCCUCCACCAGAACCUCACCGUGAAGCUCGGUGAUUUUGGGCUGGCAGAGAUCCUUCCCACCAAGUACCACUUUGCACAUUCAAAAGUUGGGAGUCGGCCGUACAUGUCUCCAGAAAAAACUAACGGCAAAGUUUACAAGGAGAAGUCAGACAUCUGGUCCCUGGGGUGUCUGAUUUACUACCUGUGUGCCUUAAAGCAUCCGUUUGCUGCUGGUGGAGCAAAAAAAAUGACAGACAACAUCAACAGUGGGGAGCACAAAAGAAUCCCGUCCCGCUAUUCAGACAAACUGGACUCCCUAAUCAGGGACAUGCUGCAAAUCAGGGAGGACUUGAGGCCCUCAGCUGAGGACAUACUCCACAGAUGUCUGCAGACUGACGUGGCUGACGAUGAAAUGGAAAAGUCACAUGACCCUGUUCAUCAUCUUCCUCCUCCCAUGCCGCCUGCAGAUGUCAGGCCCAACGAGGAGGAACUCCAGAAACCCCAGAAGAGAACGUGGAAGCUGGAUAGAAAGAGGAAGCUGGAGUCUGACCACGGUCACCAACCCAAGAGGAGGUGGAAAGUGUGGGAAGCAGAUACCCUCAACUUCAGGCUAAAACCUAAGGUCCCUAGCAUGUGUCAGUAG